GUUUCUUCCUAUUCUCUUUGCGAAAGACUCUAAACGUGUUCUCCGCGAACAUGCUGUAUGAAAGUUCACGAUGCGCCCCGAACUGCUACUCGUCGCCGCCCUCCCAGCCGCAUCGGCCGUUUUUGAUGCAAGAGAAGCCACCAUUUCAUCGACUCAUCACGCGUUGUUCACGGGCCUGUCAACAUGCAGAGAAGUCGUGUCGUCAUUCAUCACUCGCAUAGAAUCUUUCAACAACAAGACGAACGCUAUAUUAUCUCUUAACCCGAGGGCUCUGGCUAUCGCGGAUGCCUUCGAUGAACGCUUAAAAGCCAAUAAUGGCUCGUAUGGCGCCUUGUUCUGCAUUGCCACACUCCUCAAGGAUAAUUAUGACACGUCAGAAAUGCCAACUACAGGUGGCAGCCAGGCUCUCCGAGACUCCCGGCCGACUGAGGAUGCACCUGUCGUUAAGGCCUUGAAGAAGGCUGAUGCACUUAUCCUCGGAAAAGCUAACCUUCACGAACUAGCUCUUGAGGGCCUCAGCGUCUCUUCUCUGGGCGGACAGACUAUCAAUCCCUAUGACAGCACUCGAACGCCUGGUGGUAGCUCAGGUGGAACUGGGGCAGCUGUAGCAGCCAGUUUUGCAGUCUGGGGUACCGGGACAGACACCGUCAACAGCCUACGAUCGCCGGCCAGUGCCAAUAGCUUGUUCAGCUGCAGACCGACGCGAGGACUGAUAUCUCGGAGUGGAGUGAUACCUAUCAGUUACACACAGGACGUGUUAGGACCAAUUGGCCGAUGCGUGGAAGACGUAGCGACUGCGUUGACUGUGAUGGCCGGGACGCCCUAUGAUGCAGCAGAUAAUGCCACAGCUCUUGCUCCAGCUGGGAUUAAGGGCACUAAUUUUGUCGAAGGACUCGCAACUGGAUCACUUCAAGGGUUGCGACUGGGGCUCCUUGAGGGUUUCUUUAAUCGUACCCCAUCUGCCGAGACGGAUCCUGUCAAUGAAGCGAUGGCGAACACCACAGAGAAAUUACAAGCUGCAGGCGCAGCAAUCGUCUCAAUCGCUGAUGACAUGUACGAUACUUCUACGCUCGCAAACCUCGACACACAGCGCUACGAAUUUCGCGAACUAUUGGACGCCUACCUACAGCGACCUACACUGGAAGGCUCUCAUCCGAACACGACUUCAGAACUCUACCAGAGCGGUGAUUUCGUCGUUAUCCCGGCGCAGUACGAGUAUGUCAACACAGCACUUGUUAGCUCGACGGCCAAUGCAACAUAUUCCUCCGGGAACCUCACAAAACCAUCAUACGACACCAUCCUGACCGGGGUCCAGAACCUGACACUCGCACUCAAAAGCACCGUCAAACAGCAUAAUCUCGAUGCAAUCAUCUACCCCGAGCAGAAGAAUCUCGUUGUCAAAAUCGGCUCUCCUUCUCAAAGCGGCAGAAAUGGAAUUUUGGCAGCUCUGACAGGGACUCCCGUGGUCACGGUUCCUGUAGGAUUCAGUCCCGCAACGGAAACGGCGCCCGAGGGUGUGCCGAUUGGAAUGGAAAUUCUGGGACUGCCGUGGACAGAUAAAGAGUUGUUGAAGAUUGCGUGGCAGAUCGAGAAUAAGCUGGGAAGAGUGAGGAGGAGCCCGAUAUGGGCGUUGGAGGUGGUUGAGAGCAAGGACUAUGAGCGUGUGCCGAUUGUUGAACCGAAUGUGGAUGAUGUGGGUCGGGAAGCGUAUCCUUUGGGGACUUUGUGAGCUUUUGAGCGUAGGCACGGCUCCACCUGAAGGCACUGAUGGCAUAAAGCUGUCGCAGCUGUCGAGGCUGGGUUCAUGCUCAGAUUCGUAGUCUGUGGAGUGCACAGUGCCUGAGGCAUGAGCCAAGCAUAGCCUAAACAAUUAUUUCCCCUUCAGGAAGUUUC